AUGAGUAAAGCAGCAAUCGAUAACAGUAACAUAAUCGAAACAAAUAACGACGCAUGUCAAUCUCAUUCAACUCAGCAUGAACGUCGAACACCGGAAAUAAGCCUUGGUUAUUACGUACGUGUGUAUGGACUUCGUUCUUUAAUUGAAAAAUUCAUCAAAUUAACCAAUGGUCAAUGUCAAAUAAUCAAUCUUGGCUGUGGCUUUGAUACGACGAUAUUCUAUUUAUUAGAUAACGAAAAUCUGAAGUUUAAACACUUUGUUGAUGUUGAUUUCGAUGAACUAACGGAGGUGAAGUCAAUGCGAAUUCAACGCGUGCCAUUUCUUCAAAAGAAAUUCUCACAAGCAAAUCAAUCACUCAAGAUUCCCUGUGGCUUUCAUUCGUCGUUAUACACAAUCUUACCAGCUGAUCUCCGUGACAUAACCCAAUUAGAUAGUCAAUUGAAACGUCUUUUCGAACAUGGAAUUCUUGAUUUGACGUUACCAACAAUCUUUAUCAGUGAAUGCGUUUUAGUCUAUAUGUCCAAUGAGCACUCAUCAAAUUUGUUAAGAUAUUUAUCUCAAACAUUUUCUCAAUGUUGUUUAUUUGUAAAUUUCGAACAAAUCAAUAUGAAUGACCGGUUCGGACAGAUUAUGAUCGAAAAUUUGAAACAACGUUCAUGUCACUUAGUUGGAAUGGACUCGUGUCAAGAUAAAACUAGUCAAUGUCAACGAUAUCUCGAUGCAAAUUUUACAUCGGCGCAAUGUGUGACGCUAAAUGAGUAUUAUCGAAAGUAUUUGAAUUCCAACGAGAAGCAACGCAUCGAACAUAUCGAUGGAGGUUUGGAUGAGAAAGAAUUGUUAGAACAAUUAUUUGAACAUUACUGUUUUUCUUGGGCGUAUCGAGAUGAGAAGAAUCUUGGUUUAAAUCGAAUAGCAUUCGAAUAA